AUGUCGUCUCUCCCAAAGACUAUGAAAGCCGUCCUCAUCGAGAAGACUGGUGGCACGGAAGUUCUGCAGUACAAAACUGACGUACCGGUUCCUGAGCCGAAGGAGGGCGAAGUGCUUGUGAAGAACGAGUUCAUUGGCAUCAACUACAUCGACACCUACUUCCGCUCGGGCGUUUACAAGCCUCCGCAAUUCCCCUACAUUCUUGGCCGAGAAGGCGCUGGAACAAUUGCUUCCGUUGGACCCAAUGUGCCCUCCGAUCUCAAGCCUGGAGUGAAGGUAGCCUACAUGGCACAAUUAGCGUAUGCUGAGUAUACCGCUGCACCAGCGAACUACACUAUACCGCUGCCUGAUUCCAUCUCCACAAAGACUGCUGCUGCUUCGCUUCUCCAGGCGCUAACCGCUGUAACCUUGAUCCGCGACGCGUACGAAGUCAAGAAAGGCGACUGGAUCCUUGUCACCGCUGCCGCUGGUGGCGUUGGCUUAUGGCUGUGUCAGCUGUUGAAGGCGGUCGGCGCAAGGGUCAUUGCUACGGCCAGCACAGAAGAGAAGAGGAAUCUGGCCAAGCAAAAUGGCGCAGAGGUGCUACUAGAAUACCAUGAGGAAGAUCGAGACGUCUUUGUCAAGAAGGUGCUAGAAGUUACUGGAGGCGAGGGCGUGCAUGCAGUCUUCGACUCGGUCGGGAAGUCCACUUUCGAUAGCUCACUGGCUGUGGUGAGGAGAAAGGGUACUAUGUGUUCAUUUGGAAACGCAUCGGGACCAGUAGAGGGUUUUGCGCUUGCACGCUUAUCGGCAAAGAAUGUCAAGCUUAUUCGGCCUACGUUGUUCAACUACAUUGCCACUCGCGAAGAGCUUCAGGCAGCCGCAAAUGAGCUGUGGAAGUUCAUCGAGAAAGACGGGCUGAAUGUAAAGAUUCAUGAUGUGUACCCCUUGAGCGAGAUUGUGAGAGCAACGAAGGACAUCGAGGGAAGGAAGACAACUGGAAAACUGGUGUUGACACCGUAA